AUGACCCAGGCACCCCCCGCCUUCACCCCGGAUAGUGAAUUCGCUGAGCUGGAAACCCCGCGGGGUCCUAAGGCUGGUAGUCUCGCCAUCACGGCCUUGGCUCGGUUCGAGUUUGAGGCUGGAAAGGGAAAUGAGGGAACUAAGAUCCUCAUGAUCGAGUGGGAGGACGAUGAUAUCACACGCACCGCUUCGGAUGGAUCGUGGCAUGUUUCGUGGGCGGGCAAGACGACUGUCCUGCCGGCCCACGAGCGGCCCAGUGACAAUACCCGUCGCUUCUAUUUCUUACUUCCACCGAAUACCACGAUUCCACCCAUUGUCACCCUCUCAUAUGAACCCAAGGCGACGGACACAGACGGUACCCCCUCUGCCAAAGCUCGCGACAGCUUGCAGGUAAACCCGCUCCCUGCCAUCUUCCCCCCUGAACUCGGUGCCACCGGCCGCUCAGCUGGCAAGAAAGGCGUGUUGCACACAAUCUGGGCCAAGAAACGCCUGCGCGUCCUGGAUGAGGAGAUCCGGGAUGAGUGCCGGAACAAUGUCGAGGGUGUUGCCUUGCACAUGGCAGUUCAAGAAAAGGAAUGGAUCGAGGCCAACUUCGGCAUCGUACCGCGGGGCCUCGAAGGCAUUGUGUCAAGUCAUGAAUCGUCAACCCCCGCGGCGUAUCCCACAGGCCCGGCCACUCCCGUCUCGCCCAUCAGUGGCCGCAAAUUGACCGACAAGUUACGGGGAUUGAAACUCCAGACGAGCGAGCGAGACCUUUCGGCGAAAGACAGCUCGAACCCUGCACACUUGCUUUCGCCACAGUCUCCAGACGUGGCUGUCUCCUCAUUCAGCUCAUUCCGAGGUCUCGCCAACCAGCCGUCUCACUCCAUGCCCACGCCAGACACAAACCCUACCCCAACUCCAAGCUCACACCUCAAUCCUUCUACAUUCGAGCCUCUGCGCACCGUCGCGCUUCAUCCGCCAGAGUCCUUGCAAGAAGCGCAACAGGCCAGCGGGCCCGGCGGCUUUGCGCCCAUAGACUCGCUGGCCACAGCUAAUUCCAUGAGCAAGCUGACCCGCACGCCGAGCACCGAGUCCGGCGAGGGACUUUUCGCGAAAGCCCUGAGCCCCCGGUCUCCCGACCUCCCACGGAGCCCAUUCUCAUUCGCUUAA